AUGCUAGCUGAGUAUUUCAAAAGCUACAUUCUGGGAGGGUUUCCGAGACGGUUGCCCCCAAAUACAUGUAGCCUAGCUGAUAUGCGCCAGCUAAACUGGAUAAGCGCUGUUACCCUUGCGAGCUCUCCAUUCCCACCCGAGCCACAAGGACUUAGAACUCUUCCUUCGUCCCAUGUUGAUGGUGCAUCCAUAUCAUACAAGAAAACACAAAUCUGCUCAACUCCGCACCUCGAUACCUACAGCGGCUAUGUCCAUCUUCCACCCCGUGCAGACGAUGCGCAUCCCCACCCAAGCAACCUGUUCUUCUACUACGCCAAAUCGGCUGAGAAACGUACAACUCCGUUGACAAUCUACCUCGGUGGUGGUCCUGGAGCAAGCUCCAUGUCCUCCAUGGCCACUGAAGUAGGACCUUGCUCCGUGAACUCAGAUUCGAAUAGUACAUCGCCGAAUCCCUGGUCCUGGACACGCGAAUCGGACAUCCUCUUCAUCGAUCAGCCGGUUCAAACUGGAUUUUCAUAUGAUGUACUUACAAAUGCCACAAUUGACUAUUCCACAAGCACCAUCACUCCAACAGACUUCGAUGAUGGAGUCCCGGUAGCGAACCAUACGUUCGGAGUUGGGGUGUUCGGGUCUCAGGACCUAAACGGAACGGCGAAUUCGACGACGAAUGGAGCGAGGGUGUUGUGGGACUUUAUGCAGGUCUGGAUUAAUGAAUUCCCGGAGUAUGAAUCACCGGAUAAGAAAAUACAUAUUUGGUCGGAAUCCUUCGGUGGACGAUACGGCCCAACCUACGCCGCAUAUUUCCUGGAUCAAAAUGAGAAGAUCCGUAACAACGAAGUGACCGAGAUCUCAUCUCCUUCUCCAAUCACCAUCGACACACUAAGCAUCCACAACGGCUGCAGCGACAUCACGACGCAGGGUGCAUUCUACCCCGAAUACGCAUACAACAACACCUACGGCGUACAGGCCAUCACUGAGACACAAUACGAAGAAGCCAAAUAUAAUUGGACCAAGCCCGGCGGGUGUCUAGAUAUGGCCGUUCAAUGUCAGGAACUCGUCCAGAAGCUGGACCCGUAUAAUUUCGGAAACAAUGCGGAAGUCAAUGAUGUGUGUUUCGCUGCAGAUGAAUACUGCUACGAGAAUGUGUUGGCAGUUUAUGCCUUGUCAGGGCGCGAUAUCCAUGAUCUGGCCGAGGUUCCUACUACGACUGUGCCGCUGCCCUACUCGGAUGGCUUUUUUAAUAGGGCGUGGGUGCAGAAUGCCUUGGGAGUUCCGGUGAACUAUACUAUGAAUUCGUAUACUAUUUAUAAUGCGUUUUGGAGUACCGGAAAUGCACUCAUUACGCGUGGCAAUGCAAUGGACCACUUUUCAUCGAUUAUGGAACGGGGUGUGAAAGUUAAUCUUAUCUAUGGGGAUCGGGAUUAUCUCUGCAAUUGGAUGGGCGGCGAGAACGUCAGCUUAUCCAUCAAGCACGACCAGUCUGCGGAGUUCAGCUCCAGUGGGUAUGCUGAUCUUAUUACGAAUAAAACGUACGUGGGUGGUGUUGUUCGUCAGCAUGGAAACCUUUCGUUUACGAGGGUGUUUGAUGCAGGUCAUACUGUUCCGGCCUUCCAACCUGAGACCAUGUUCCGCGUUUUCUCUCGGAUCAUGAACUCGAAGGAUAUUGCAACAGGGAAUGUUACCUUAACAGAGAAACGCAGGGAGACCUACCGCACCCAGGGUCCACAUUCAACCUUUGACAGAAAGAACAAGCUCCCCUCCCCAGCGACCCCGCUCUGCUACACACUGGACAUGCCUACGACAUGUACAGACAACCAGCAGGCGGCGCUGUUGAAUGGCACGGCCAUUGUGGAAGACUUUGUAGUGAAGUGGCCUGUCUCCUAG